AUGUUAAUGUACGUAGAGAACUACCAGAGAAAAAAAGAAAAAAGUACAAAAGUCAACAGGUUUGUGAACACUUCAACAAUGGCGGACGACAUUGAUAUAGAGGAACAUGAUCUUUUAGAUAAUCCUCGCAUUAAGAACAUUUUUCCAGACAUUACAAGUAUCAAGACUGAAGUUAUUGAUUAUGAAGAAGAUACCACAGAUUAUCAAGAAGAGAUGAACUAUGGAGAAAACUUUGAUUUUUCUAACCACUACAACACAGAGCCAAUGGAAUAUGAGAACGAUUUACCUGAUUUAUAUCAAAAUAAAAUUAUUCUAGGGUCUAAACCAUGUAGUGAGUCACCUUCACCCUCAGAAUACGAUUCUGUGCCAACAAUUCGAGAAUGUUCCAUAGUUUUGCAAGAUUUUGGUCCCAUUUUAGACAAUAGUCCCUAUUGUUCUUCAUGCCAAACGUUAUUUCCAACAGAAAACGCUUUAGAUUCUCAUAAAAUGACCACCCAUUCUUUCUUGGUAGCGGUGAGCAAUAACAAAGCUAUUAAAAGUACAAGUAAAAGUUCUAUUUCUGCUAUCAAGUUCGCUUCUACUGCUCCUAAAGGUGUUGUAUGCAAUCAUUGCAACGAGAUAUUCCCCGAUGAAAUUGCUCUGAUAAAACACUCGUACGAGUUAUUACCCGAAAAAUUUGAGGAUGAUACUGAAGUUUUGUUGACGAAUGAUGAAAAGAGCGAUUUUUCGACCGCCACUUACAUAUCUUGCGAAAUUUGCUCUUGCCUUUUCAAGUUGAAAGGCCAUUAUUUGGGGCACAUGAAAAAGUUUCACGGCGUAGACCAUGACACGCUGCCAAAUUACGCCGUCACUAAUUUUCAAUGUCGUUUUUGUCCGGUUGUUGUGACAAACAGUAAGAGAUACAAUGGCCAUAUUUACUACACCCAUAAGAAACUUUAUACGAAAAAAAUUAAAAAAUAUAAUUCCGAUCAGUUCAAAUGUGAUCCCUGCAACAUCACUUUUCCCACAGCAUAUUCCGAAAAAAUUCACGUUGCCCUAAAUCAUCCCAAUAUUCCGAAAAGUAAAGUAAACACUGUGUCAUUGGGAAUGAAAGAGACUAAAAUAAAGUUACCUGGUGCAUUUCGACCGAAUUACCAGAGACCUUUUGCCAAGUCGACUUUGUUUAGUUGCGAUAAAUGCCAAAUUCACUUCGUGUCUUGUCUAGUUGCUGUGGAGCACUCGAAAAGGUGCGUUCUGACGAAAGGGGAUUGGAAAUGCAAAAAGUGCCGACGCAGUUUCAAAAUGACGGACCGCGAUGCUCAUUUAAAACAACAUGAAGUGUCAGAUAGAUUGAAAGUGAUCAAAAUUCGGGAAGGCAUUUUGGACAGGAUAAUAUGUAGAUGUUUGUCGUGUCAAGUUUGUUUCGACGAAAGGAAUAUGUUGAAAUAUCACUCGUUCGGGUGCUCUACAGACAAUAAUUAUGUCUAUUGCUCGGUGUGCCAAAUACGGAUACACGAGCACGCGGUUAAGAAACACAAUCGUAUUCACAACGAACUUGGUCCUGACGUUUACUUCGUCAUAAUAGAUUUUAUUUUCAACGACGAAUCGACGAAUAAAAAACCUAAAGCUAUACCUGAAGAGUCUGCAGUGAGUAAAAGAAAGGAAAAAGCUUUCUUCUACUUUCACUGUCCAAGUUGCAAACUCUGUAUGAAGAUUAAUCGACUAUCCGACCACCAUCGUACUGGAAAGUGUAACAAGUCCUUAGCAAAGUGCCUUUGUAAGAUGUGCGGUCUCCGAUUUUCAGUGAAAGGCUACAAAUCUCACAAGGAAGCCCAUAAACGUGUUCCGAAUUUAAAAUUAUGCGACAUGUUUUUCCGAAACACACAGACUGACGAAAAAAUUGACCCUCCCUUCCCAACUUUUAAAAAGUGUAAAAAAUGUAAAGUGUGUUUCUUUAGCUCAGUUGCGUUAAGAAGUCACAUCUGUCAUGAAGAAGAGGUUAAAAUUUGCGAUUAUUGUGGCGAGAAACUCAGUGAUUUGGCAUACAAACUUCACGUUCCGUUCCACGAAUAUCGAAACCAAGAAAAAUUGGAAAAUGAACUGAUAAAAAAGUAUGAAUCUCUGAAAACUAUUUGGAACAUCCUCUACCUGUGCGUCACCUGUGACACUGUCCUAGACAGCUACGACGAUGUAGUCGAACAUUCCCAAGACCAUUUCUGCAACAUGGAAAAUUAUAACGUAACAAUAAAUCACUGUGAUAUUUGCGAUUUAAAUUUCAUGGGUAAAAGUUACGAACGACAUGAGAAUUUGCACUUAGCGGGCAAUAUUUCUAAGAGCGCGUUCGAAAUCAUCAAAUAUAAUUAUGAAACGCUACUAUCAGAUAAAUGGUUAGACAUCUUCACAAAACUAGUGCCUGAACAAGUUGAUCAGAUUUUGAAGAAAAGUAUUUAUAAAGACACUAGAAGUGUUAGGAUGACGGUGUUCGAUCAAAAGAAUUCCGGAUUCUCGUUAUAUCAGUGUGGUGUGUGCAACGUCAUGGUGGAAAAUAACAAAAUCAUCCAUCACAUACAGGAUCGUAAUAAUUGUCUUAAAAUCACUAAUUUCUCUUGCAAUUUGUGUCAAUUUAAAUUUGAUUCAAAAACUGCUCUAAAAUCUCAUCAAAUUCUUCACGAAAACCUACAAAUUGGUACGAGGGCUUUCAAAAUUAUAUCUUUCAAUAACGAAAAAGAUGUUUACGUGAACGAUUCGUUGAAGUCUGUCAUGAAUCCUGAAGCGUUGAAAUUCAUUAGGUGUCAGCAUUGCGGGAAACUAAUAAAUAAAGUGAAAUAUAAUAAACACAUGCACAACCACAGAUAUUCAGACAAGAAAAAACAUGAAAAGAAAAAGAUACAGCCAAAGUUUGUAGUGCGGCCGAAGUUUAAGAACGCCGGAAUCUCUUCGCAUACUUUUUACAAGUGCAAAUUGUGUGGCGUGUGUGUUUUCAAGCAAAACAUCAAAAUACAUUUUUGUAGCAAGAAGAAUCAAAAGAAACAGUGUAAUAAGUGCCUUCUCUGGUUUAGAGCAAGUAACAUCCAAAAACAUUACAUGUAUCACGAAAAAUAUAAGUUUACGAAGGGUGUAAAUGUUGUUAGUUUUAAAAAAGGCGUAAUAGAAAGUGAUCGCGCGCAAGGCAAGAUGGUGGUCUAUCAGUGCAAAGAUUGCAAAAUAUGUCUGCAUUGGAAACAUAAUAUCCCAAGACACAAGUGUGUCAGCUCUGGAUAUUUCAAAGAGUGCAGCUUGUGCGAAGUUUCCUUCCAUUGUUCUCAUUUUUACAUUCAUCAACAGUUACAUGACACUAAAUCGUUUUCAAAGAAAAAUUUGACCAUCGCAAAGUUUACGCCUAUGAGUAAAAUUAAAAAUGUAACGAAACCUUUAGUCCCCGUUAAGUUUAAGAAUAACGAAGCGACUUGGUUUUUGAAGAAGAAGAGUUUUAAAACAAAAAUUGUUCCUAAGGCAAACAAUAUGAGAAAUUUGACAGAUGGAGGGAAAAGUGUUAAUUACGAACUUACUUCCAAAACUUACUUUAAACGUUUAGCUGGUCGGUUCUUUAAAUGUGGAAUAUGCAAAUUACUUUUCCUAACCGGCUCUGCUUUGGUUAAACAUACAAAGUGUUGUGAUGAAGAUCGCGAUAGUAGUAAGUGUGAUUGCGGCUUAGUUUUUCAUUCAUCUGCACUACAGUUGCAUAAGAAAUGGCAACGAUGUGGACAAUCAGGAAGAACCAAAUAUUUUAUCGUAACAUUGAUUUCUGAAAAUAUAGUCGAUUUUGAUCUUAUAAAGUGUCUGUACACGUGUCGGCAGUGCGGCAUAUACUAUUUAUCUCUAGACACUGUUUUGAAACAUAUCGAAGAUAAUCACCUUACAGUACGAAGUUUGGUCAAGUGCGAACAGUGUGAUCUUCCUUUCACAACAAUAAGCAACACUAAACAUAAUAGGAUCCAUCACAAAACACACAAUUGGUCUCUGUCUGAUUUAAAUGUUUUUGAAGUGAAGUUCCUAACUGUGGCCCAAGUUAUGAAUGAUUUUCCAGAAGAUAGUAUAUGUGACGAAAGUUUUGCAUCGACUGCUAACGAUUCCAGCUUAGAAAGGAAAUCAGUCAAAAGAAAACUCGUCGAAAAACCAGCUGUGGUUAAUAAAGUCUCGAAAAUAGAACCCAGAACUGAAGUAGAAGAUAAUGAAACAACUCUCCAAAACAGACUCUGUAUACCCCUUGGUACCUGCGAUCUGACGAACAUAUAUAAAUGUGAUAUCUGCGAUUUAAGUUUCUUGCAUAAAAAGACUCUGGCAACACAUUACAGUGUGGGCCGACAUAAAGAAUAUAGAAUAACCUGCAAAUGUGGUCUUAAAUUUACUCUGAAAUCGCUGAAACGCCAUUUGAAAGUACCCACCGGCUUACGAUUGAAUGAAAUAGAAAAACUAACUACAUCAAUCAGGAAAGAUGAGCUAAAUGAAAGCCAAAAUAGUGAAGUGACAGUGGAAACUGAUAACACGUUAAAACUAUUCAAAUGUAGUGAAUGUGACGUGUAUUUCUUAACACAUGAAGUGUGUCAGGAUCAUAUAUCGAACCAUCAAGUUUUAGACCCCACGGAAUAUAUAGCGUGUAAAAUAUGUGAGCUACAAUUCCUUUGCGAAUACCUCGGUGCUCACAUGAGGACACAUAGAGACCAAACUUUUAACAUUGAGAAAUUAAUGGUAACGGAAUUUCAGCCAGAUAAACAAACAUUGGAUACGUAUCGAGCGGUUGACAGACUAAAAUCUAAAGCAGUGAGCACAACGACGCACUUUGAUACUGAAGAUGAGAAAAGUGAAAGUUUAGACUCAAGUAACACGGCUAGG